AGACGUAAAGUGAAACGUCUGCAUGCAUUUUACGACAUUUCGCCGUGCAUGUGAUUUGCAUAUCGAAUAAUGUAAAAUGCCAACUCUCAAGUGCCAAUGAUUGCAGAAAAUUGUUAGCUAGAGUCGUUAUCAAUCGUUGUUGUUUUUUUAGGUGCUUGUCUUGUUCCUUUCUAAACCGGAUCACACUGCGUCUGGUGUGGAGAGAGGAAUAGCAGACCGUAGACAGUGGGAUAGGUGUGCAAUUGCAACAACAAGCUUUGGAUCGUGUGAGAUGUUUUUUUUUUCUUUAUAUCAAAUCAAACGCUUCAAUUGCUACCUGCAGAAGCAAACAAAACUGUUGUUCAUAGAAUAACAUAACAGACUUCGUUGGUUUGCGUCCUCUGGUUUUACCCGCACCCUUUCUGUUCAGAUACAGUUCAGAGAAAAUGGCGGAACUUGAGAAGGAAGGACUGAACCAAACAAUGCACGAGAACCGAGAUGAAGAUGAGCCCCAUUAUACCGAUGACUCUAAAACAAGCAAGAUUCAGGACGACGCAAGUUUCGAGGAAAAGCUAAUUGAAGAGGUCAGAAGGUACAACAAUUUGUACAACACCUCAUUGAAAGACUAUAAAGACUUCACAAUAACCAGCAACAGCUGGAAGGAGAUAGCCCAAACUCUGAGAGUAGAAGAACAGGUUUGCAGAACGAAAUGGAAGAAAUUGAGAGACAGAUAUGUCAGACUGAGGAGGAAAAUGAAGGGGAAGAGUGGGGAUGCAGCAUCGGGAAUACAAACACAAAUACUCACCACGCUGUCCUGGCUGUCUGGCUUCAUUAAACACAAGGAGACGAAGUCAGACUAUCCACAGGAAGAGGAGAUGGACACCUCAGAAGACCUACAAGAUGACAACCUGAUCGAGGGGGAACACUUCCACAGUUCUAAUAGUGAGCAGCAAGAUGGACAUUUGGCAGUUAGGAGGAAUGUAAUAUUAGAACGAACAAAAUUCAACCAAAGACAACAAGAAGCAGGAGAGACUGCUGAUGAUUUUAUCACUGCACUUCAUUGUUUGUCAGAACAUUGUGGUUAUGGAGCUCUGCUCAGUGAGAUGAUAAGAGACAGACUAGUCGCAGGCUUACUUGACAGGAGACUGUCCAAGCAAUUACAAAUGGACCCAGAACUCACACUGGAUAAAGCUGUUACACGCAUUCGUCAAACUGAAAUUGUGGAAAAGCAACAGGACCUGCAGGAGAAUAUCUUCAAAGCCGCCAGCAGCACGGAAAAUGAGGACCGUGUGCUUUCAUGUAGCAAACAUCAAUGCCCAGCCAAUGUCCAGUGCCAAUCAGAGAAGAAUCAAAACUCAGAAAGACCACAACAACACCAAACAAUGCAGAAGAAUGCAGAAGAUCCCCUAGAUACUGAUGACACUGAUGGCUUCAGUACUGGAGGAGAAAAGCCUCACUACUGCACCUACUGCGGUAGGAGCUUUCAAAAAGUGAGGGAUCUUAUAAGACACCAGCGAACGCAUACCGGAGAGAAGCCUCACAACUGCUCUGAUUGCGACAGAAGUUUUGCUCGAUUAGAUAAGCUUAAAUUACAUCAGCGAACACAUACUGGAGAGAAGCCUCACCACUGCCCUGAUUGCGACAGAAGUUUUGCUCGAUUAGAUAAGCUAAAGAUCCACCAAGAAAUACAUAUAGGAGUGAAGCCUCACAACUGCCCUGAUUGCAACAGAAGAUUUGCUCGAUUAGAUAAGCUUAAGUCACACCAAAAAAUACAUGCAAAAGACAAACACAUAUUUCAUUCCUCUGACUGUGCGAAAAGCUUUGUCUUAUUGGAGAAGCUUGAAAAACACCAGCUGGAUAAUACCUUCAAAGCUACCAGCAGUGCAUCCAAUGUAGAUCGUGUGCUCACACAACAGAGAACAUUCAGCAAAGUCAGAGAGAGUAAAAGGCAGCAGAGUAAAAUACGAGCUAGAGCUCCAGGAAAGAGAACACCAACACAUAGCAAAACAGUACAGGAGAAGGAAGAGGAGCCCCUAGAUACUGAUGACUCUGAUGAGUGGAUCGAAGGUUUCAGUCCUGGAGGAGAAAAGCCUCACUACUGCUUUGACUGCGGUAAGAGCUUUAGAAAAGUGAGGGAUCUUAUAAGACACCAGCGAACACAUACUGGAGAGAAGCCUCACCACUGCCCUGUUUGUGACAGAACUUUCGCUAGAUUAGACAAACUUAAAUUACACCAAGAAAUACAUACAGGAGUGAAGCCUCACCACUGCCCUGAUUGUGAGAGAAGUUUUGCUCGAUUAGAUAAUCUUAAAUUACACCAAAAAAUACAUAUUAAAGAGGAACAUAAUGUUACACUGAACCAUCAAACUGAAAUGAAUGUAGACUGUGUGCACACACAGCAGGGAACAGCCAGCAGAGGCAGGCAGAAGAGUAAAAUCCGAGCUAGUGCACCAGGGGAAAGAAUGGUCCAGUCACAUCCAGGCAAAGACUCCCCUUACGAAAGUUCAGUUCGAAAGAAUCGACACUCAGAAAAACUGCAACUACCCCAAACAACGCAGGAGAAUGAAGAGGAUCCUGAAGAUACUUCUGUUAACUGGACAGAGAGUUUCAGUACUGUAGAGAAGCCAUACAUCUGCUCCGACUGCGGUAAGAGCUUCAGACUAGAGAAUCGUCUUAUAAGACAUCAGCGAACACAUACAGGAGAGAAGCCUUACGACUGCCCUGACUGUGACAAAAGUUUUGCGCGAUUAGAUCAUGUUAAGUCACACCAAAAAACACAUAUGAAGGAGGAACGUAAUUUCCACUGCUCUGACUGUGUGAAAAGCUUUGUCCGAUUGGAACAGCUUGAAAAACAUCAGUUAACACACAAGAAAAGUUACCGCUGUUCAAAGUGUGAUGAAAGGUUUUCAGACCUGGUUGACUGGAAAGCACACUUUUUAGUACACCGAGAGAUCCUCCACUGUCCUGACUGUAACAAGCAGUUCUUGUACAAGGGACUUUAUGAAAGACACAGGAGAACACAUUUGAGAAAAAGAGAGAAAUUUCUCUGCACAAUAUGUGGAAAGGAGAUUCACAACUUUAAAAUACACAUGCGAGUACACACGGGAGAGAAACCAUAUCACUGCACUGAGUGUGGGAAGAGUUUUGCAUAUACAAAAUCGUACAAAUCACAUAUACUAACACAUACCUCUGGUGAAAGAGCAACCUAUCCUUGUUUGGAAUGUGGAAAGACUUUUACUCGCAUAGAUGGCAUGGUGAGACACGUGAGGAGGGUUCAUACUGGAGAGAGAAAUCAUCAGUGCGGAGACUGUGGAAAACGAUUCUUUCGAAAAGAGUCACUGAAGAGACACAGUCUUGUUCACACUGGAGAGAAACCAUACCAAUGCUCUAUCUGUGGGCAACGCUUCUCCCAAGAUGGCGACAGAAAACGCCACGAGAAGAGGCACUACUCUGGUGUCUCAGAGUUCCUCGAUCUAUAAUGCAGAAGUGGUGUUUGGUAUUGCAGGAACCCACCCAAUCGAUGUCAUUUCUAACCAGGUGGGCUGGAAUUGCCACCACCGACUAGAAAAUACACAUAGAUAGACUUUUGCUGAUACACAAGUCUGAGUAUUACUGUUUUCAUGGAAGUAUUUCUUUUUUUCAAAAGUCUUAUUUUAAAUGUGUUUUAAUAUUUUUUUUCAACAACUAUCAAUAGUGGUCAUUGUUAAAUUAUGGGCCUUCCCCAUUGGAGAUUUUUAGUCAGCUAUAUUGUAUUAAAGAUGCACAAUGCAGAAAUCUCUCCACCAUUUUCCUGGUUGCUGAAAUUCAAAUAGUUUGGCUAAUUUCAAUUUAUGUGACAAAACAAGCAAGUAUAGUGUACAAUGGUACCAUCUAUACCGUUGUGAAAUAUAUUUUCCAGAACAAAAAUUAUUGUACUUUCAGCCGGUGUACAAAAGUGAAAGACAGAACAGGAAGCAUAGAAAUGGCGCACAUAGAACAUAUCUACCGCUUCUUAGACUUGCUUUUGAUGAGUGACAGAUCUAUAACACACAUUUAUAUGUGAAUUUGGUCAGGUCGCUCAAAAAGUUAUAUAUUUCAGCUUUAAUGUUGAUAUUUUGUUUAUCAGCUACUUUGAAAAGAUGCCAAUGAAAGGUUCCCAACUACAACCUUCGGGUGAAUACAUUUGUCUGAAAUUUGCUCUUAAGCUGCAGAGGUCAAACAAAUUCUCCAGCUGGCUGCCACCUAUGAGGGAUCAGCGACCCGGAGUUGGGACAAGGCAUGGUGGGCAUCUACAGGUCAGAUACACCACUGAACUCUACAGACAAAGCCCAAUACCUUGCCUGGCUAACCAUUGACAUCGAUCCAGCCAACUGACGUUUCUUCUCCACGAUGAGCUUGGAUUUGCCUUAGAACGUGAACACAUUCUGACCUUUCUGAUUGGUCCCAGAAAUUGAUAGGUUGGGCCAGCGCCGGCCUGCAUGAUGACGUUAUCAACUUUUAUACUUUGCAUGGUUAAGAUUUGUUAGACUAUCCAAUCACUGAUGAAUUGGUUGGUACAAUGAUUCUCAUUUUGAAGUCACACAAAUAACUUCUAGGAUGGCAACGCCUUCAGAAAGUUCAUACCCCUUGACUUAUUCCACAAUCUGUUGUUACAACCUGAAUUCUAAAUUGAUUUUUUUUCUCAUCCAUCUACACACAUUACCCCAUAGUGACAAUGUGAAGAUAUGUUUUUUGAAAUGUUAUCAAAUUUACUUAAGUAUUCACACUCCUUUGAGAUGACACUCCAAAUUGAGUUCUUGUGCAUCCGAUUUCCUUCGAUCAUCCUUGAGGUGUCGCUGCAACUUAAUUGGAAUCCACCUUUCUUAAGGUCCCACAGUUGACGGUGCUUGUCAGAGCAGAAACUAUACAAUAAAGUCCAAGGAACUGUCUAGAUCUCUGAGAGAGAAUUGUGAUCAGGCAUAUAUCUGGGAAAGGGUACUGUAUAAAACUAUUUCUAGAGUGUUGAAAGUUUAAGAGCACAGGGGUCUCCCUCAUUGGGAAAUUUAAAAAAUGUGGAACUCCCGAGAGCUGGCCAUCCGACCAAACUGAGCAACCGGGCAAAAAGGACCUUGGUCAGGGAGGUGACCCAAUGACCACUCUGACAGAACUACACAGUUCCUUGACUGAGAUGGAAAAACCUGUCAGAAAGACAACGGUCUCUACAGACUUUACCAACCUGGGAUUUACGGGAGUGGCCAGACAGAAGCAACUCCUGAGAAAAAGGCACAUAACAGCACCCCUGGAGUUUGCAAAAAAGCACAUGAUCGACUGAGAGAAUAAGUCAAAAGAUGCUCUGGUCUGAUGAGACAAUUUUUACUCUUUGACCUCAAAUGCAAAGCGCUAUGUCUGGAGAAAACCAGGCACAACUCAUCACCCAUCUCUACCGUGAAGCAUGAAUGGCAGCAUCAUGCUGUGGGGAUGCUAUUCAGCGGCAGGGAUUGGGUGUCUUGAAAGGAUGGGGGAGCAAUGAAUGGAGCCAAAUACAGGCAAAUCCUUGAUGAGAAGCUGUGCAAAUAACCUUAGACUGGGGGCGAAGAUUUAUGUUCCAACAGGACAAUGACCCCAAGCAUACAGCCAAAGCAAUGCUAGAAUGGCUUCAGAACAAGACUGAAAGUCCUUGAGUGGCCCAGACUUGAAUCCCAUUGAAAUAUCUGUGGAAAGACUUUAAGAUUGCUUUUCAUUGCCAUUCCCCAUCUAACUUGAGGUUGAGAAAAUCACCAAAUCCAGAUGUGCCACGCUAAUACAUACAUACCCAACACGACUCAAAGAUGUAAUCGCCGCCGAAGGUGCUUCUACAAAGUAUUAACUCGGGGGUGUGAAUUAUAGUGUAAUUUAGAUAUUUAAUUUAAUACAUUUUCUAAAAACAUUAUUACUUUUGUCAUUAUGGUGUAUUUUGUGUAGAUGGGUGUGAAAAAUAAAUAAAUUGGAAUUCAGGCUGAAACACAAUGUGGUCAAGUGGUAUCAAUACUUUCUGAAGCCAAUGUAUGUAGCGAUGAAUAGAGCAGUGGAAUUAGGUUCAGGGUGUCGCCAGGCAACCCAAUACCAUCAUUAGUUAGGCUUUUAAAUGUCACUAGAUGGGGGACAUGUUCACAUUAAAAAAAUGUUUUGUGUGUUUCUACUUUUAAUCAUGUUCAUAUUUGUAUAUUGUUGUUCCCUCUGUGUUAUACAAUCUGCCUUGCAAACUAUAAUUUUUAAUAAAAGAUAAGUGGGCAUA